AUGGGCUUUACCAAAGCACCCCCACUGAAACCGCUUGUCAAGCCCGAGGGUGUGAUUGUUAGCGGAUUCGUCUUUUAUGGUCGCAAGAGCAGGGUAUCAAGCAUGCAAUGCUACAUAGAGCGAAACUUGGCUGAUAAUGGAGGUUGGCUCGAUGAAGUGCUCUGGAUUGUUAACACCCAAAACGAGGAAGAUCUCCGUUACCUCGACGAGAUAAUCUCUAGCAACCCGGCGAGACACAAGAUGAUUAUCCCCGAAAAGCACUUAUCGACAUAUACGUAUUACAAGGCUUGGCAACUCCUGGAGCGUGGCAAGUACUAUGUCAAGAUUGACGACGAUAUUCUCUGGAUUGAUGAUAAUGCUAUCCCUAACCUUGUCACUCGAAAAAUCGAACAUCCGGAAGACUUCGUUGUCGCUGGUAAUAUCAUCAAUAACCCUCCGUUGGGCUUCAUGCACUUCCGAAUGGGUGCACUUCACCCAUACUUCCCCGAGCCCGAACAGCGGAGCUACGUCAUCAGCGGCACCGAUUACUGGAAACCCUCCCGACAUGGCUUCUGGGAUGGCCCCAAGAAUUUCACCUGGGAUAUUGAAAAGCCUCCACCAGCAUGGCCGCAACACAGAUGGCUGAGAGUGCAAGACGACGCGAUGAUAUACCAAACCCCUAUUGCCAAGCUCAAGUAUGAGGUCUGGGGUCCGAGCUACCAGACAUGGUCUAUUGCGGCUCAGAUGCAUUAUUCCUUGCUCGAGAACAUUGAGAAUAAUGCACUAGAUGUAUAUAAGUUUGAGAAGCCGUGGACAAUGUAUGGAGACCGCAUCAGGAUCAAUUUCAUGUGCGUCUAUGCCGAUGAUAUCCUGGACACCGACCCUGAGCACUGGCCUAGGCGUCGAGGUGAUGAGGACAUGAUUGUUCUGGAUCUUCCCAAGAAGCUACGUCGCCCUGUCGUAAUCCGGGGAGACGCCCUAGCCUCUCACUUCCAGUACAAGCACCAAGGAGGCCUAGGGGAUACAGACCUCUUGAAAAGGUAUCUUGCUCUCGCGCAGGAUAGAUAUUGUCUUAACGCGACUUUUACAGGGGUAUAG